AUGUUAGUUACAUUCAAUUCAAGAUCAAAGGAUAAUAAUACUAAUAACACACCAGACAAUACAAAUACUACUAAUGAUAAUAAUAAUACCGAUAUAAAUGAAACAAAAACUACCUCAAAAAGGUUUGAACAAGAAUCAAUUAUCAAUAAUAUGACAUCAUCUUCAUUGAAACCCAAUAAAUCUACAACUUCAACAAAUUCGAAAGUAACAAAACCAAUUCAUAAUAAACAUAACAACCAUAAUCCGCCCUCAUCAACAGCCACAUCAACAAUUCCGAAAAUAAAUCCAAUAAAUAAUUCAACAGAUUUUCAUUUACUUAAAGAAAAUUCAAGAUCAAAAUUAGGUUGUUUAACUUGUAAAAUUAGAAAGAAAAAAUGUGAUGAAUUAAAACCAAAAUGUGGGGAUUGUAAUAGAUUGAAUAAAAAGUGUUAUUACGUCGAUUAUAAUAAAAUGAAUCAAGAAGAAAUUAAAGAAUUGAAAAAAAAAGUUGAAUUCGAAGAAAGUUAUAAUAAGUUAAGGAAAAGGAAAGUAAAAACCAAACCAGGGACAACUACAACCACAAGUAAUGACAAUAUUAAGAAUGAGAUUAACAAAGAUAUAAAAGGCGGUAGUCUCAAGAACAACAAUAAUAACAAUCACAAGCAAAAGAAUAACGACAAUGAUAAAUCCAAAAUUUAUGGAUAUAAUUCAGAUGUAAGAUCAACGAAUACUUCUGCAAUACCAAAUCCAUUACCAAAUUUGACCAACUCACAACUAAUGAAUACUACCAAAUCAAUCUCAACCCCUCCGAAGAGUAAUACUAGUAAUAAAGAUAACAUCAGCCUAAAAUCUCCAAGUCCAUCUACUGCAUCACCAACUGCUUUAAAUUCGCCUUCAAUUCAAAGUCUAAUGAAUCCAAUUGAUGAAAUUCAAGUUGCAAAUAAAGUACUACUACAAAAUCUGAAUGAUAUACAAUUAAAUCAACAGCAUCAACAAAUAAAUGCGAUUCAAACUUCCCCAACAUUAUCAGAAGUCUUGAUAGAUAAUCAUACAUCACAAUUAAACUCUCAUUUACCAUCAAUACCCUCCAAUAUAAGUCCACUAAGUAUGAGUGAUCCAUUACAAGAAUUUUCAAUUAAAAAUCCACAUUCUUUUACAAAUAAUUCUCCUUCACCAUCAACAUUUCUAACUUUAUUACGUGAUUUAAAUGAAUCACAAAAUAAUUCUGCAUUCAAGUUUAAUAAUAAUAAACCAGUUAAAAUUGAAAAAAUUAAUGACUUAAAUGGAACUAACGAUGAUGAUGAAAAAAGUAAUAACAACAUCAAACAAUUAAUGAAUUCACCAGACUUUACAACUUUUUUAGACUCAUUUGAGAUCAACAAUAAUAUUCAAACAUCAAAUUCGUAUAAUGAUUUAGUCUCCAAUUUGAAUGCUCACUUAACUCCAAUGCCUCAACCAUCAUUAUAUAUACCAGAAUUAGCCGAUCCUCAAUAUUAUUUUUUAUAUAAUUAUUAUGUUGAUGUUAUAUCAAGUAAAGUUUCAAUAUCACCAGUAACACAAAUUGGUUCAAAUUCAUUUCAAAAAAUUUUCUUACCCUUAGCUCAUAAAGAUAAAGGUGUAUUUUAUAGUAUAUUAGCGUGGGCUAGUUAUCAAUUAGGUGGAGAUUGGGCUUCUGAAGCUAUUAAAUUUGUCAAGAUUGCAAUGCAUCAUUUUAAUAAUUCUAAAGAAAAUAAUAGAAACACUAUAAUCAAUAAAUUAGCAACUUUAUUAAUUUUAGUAGGUGCUGAAAUUUGUAAUGGUGAUGUUAAAAAUUGGACUGUAUAUUUGGAUUGGGGAGCUAAGUUAUUAAAGGCAAAUGGUGGUAUAUUAAGAUUUAAUAACUCAAGAGAAGAAAAUUGGUUAAUAACUAAUUUUGCUUAUCAUGACCUAUUAGCGAGUUCAACAAGUGAAAGAGGUACUUAUUUUAGUUCUGGUGAAUAUGACAAAAUUUUUGAAGAUCAUGACAAUUUUUUACAAGGUCAAAUCCAUCCUUUACUUGGUGUUUCCCAAAAGUUGUACUCAAUAAUUGGUAAUAUUUCCACUUUAUUAUAUGAAAGUAAAAAAAUAUUAAAAGAGUACUAUAACAGAGGUAUUAACAAUCAUUUUGAGAAGAGUAAUGAAUUUUUGAACAGGAUAGAUGAUGAGGAGGAGAGUGUAGUAGUUGAUGGUAAUCUCGAAUUGGAUAAUGAUGAAGAAUCGAUAAUAAGUGAUCAUAGUAAAGCCAGUAAAUUAUUAUUAAUGGUUAUUGAACAAGCUAAAAAGCUAGAAAAAGAAAUCGAUGAAUCUAAACCAGAUAGAAGGGACUUGUACAAUUUAUCAGAUCAAGAUUUAGAAUUACAAUUAACACUAUUUGAAGCUUUUCAAAUAAGUGCAAAAUUAUUCUUGAGAGAAUCAGUAUUAAAAUGUAAUCCAUCCCAUUUAGAAUCACAAAUAUUAAACAACGAUCUAAUAAAAUGUCUAGAUAUACUAAUAGGUACAUCAGUUCAAUCAUCUUUGGUAUUCCCCAUUUUUAUCUCGGGAAUUCAUUGUGUUUCAAAACAUGAUCAAGAACAAAUGAUAUUGAGAGUUGAUUCAUUUAUAAAGUUAUAUGGAAUGUUCAAUGUUAAUAGAGUCAAAGAUAUUAUACAAAAAAUUUGGAAGAACAACUUGGAUGGUAAUAAAGUUGUUGAUUGGCAUGAAAUGCUAAAUCAAUUAGGUUGGGAUAUCAAUUUUGCAUAG